AUGUCGACUCCAACUGAAAUCUCGCAGGCACUCUACUUUGACGACAUCACUCGAGAGGAGGUUUCCAAGUGCUCCCGAGCAGACUGUAUUCACCAUCCUGAUUCUGCUGUUGGAAUUGACCGAAUGGACUUCCAGACUGUUAUGAGGACUACUAAAGGUCUUUAUAUUUAUCUAUGUGAUACGUGUGGGCAGCAAGCACUUCACGAACAAGGAGUUGUUAUUGCUUACGACCAUGAUUCCUGCGAUUCCCAGAAGUUCGCAAAAGUUGUCGCUGCUGUUUUCUCAUCGAAGAAUGUCAAACUACUAUCGGAAUUUGGUUUUCCGAAGAACUCAAUCGUGGAGCGUGAGAACUCUGAUGAUGCCGACUACAUUAUCAACAACAACUGUGAUGAUACUGUCUUCACGACUCUUCCUGGUUUCAACCACCUCACCCGCACUUCUAUCAAGCUGGCCAAUGACGAUCCCGAUUGGGUGCAUUGCCUCGCUUAUGAUCAAUCUAAUGAAUUCGCAUUGACUUUGACGGUACCCGAUAGUGAUGGAGUUUCUGCUGCGGCCGUCUG